AUGCCUUACCGUGGAAGCUUUGUCGCGGUGGGUCCGAGGAUAUAUAUGUUUGGUGGGGACCAGAAAAAUAUUGCGUUAAGCAUCGACUGCAUAUCUCACACGGUGCAAACCCUCCCCAGCAUGCAUGUGCCCAUGUCUAAUUCAUCCGCUAACAUCAUCAACGGGAGAAUCUACGUAAUUGGAUAUUGCGAUAAUAAUAGAGGGAAGAACGUGAUGGUGGUGUUCAAUACAGCAACACAAAUGUGGGAGCAUGAGAUUAUAAAGAUAGACUUUGGCCUAGCUUACACGUGGCUUCGUUGUGUGGUGAUGGCUGAUAAGAUUUACAUGAGGGAUUAUUAUAACAGCUUUGUUUACGACCCAAAGAAAAGUAUAUGGGAAACGGACGAGAUGUUGAAUUCUAAAAAGUGGAUGAAUGGGUGUGUAGUUGAUGACGUAUUGUACUACCACUAUCGGCAUGAGAACGAGAUAAGAGCUUAUGAUCCAAAGCAAAGGUGUUGGAGUGUUGUGAAAGGUUUGGAAGAGUUGUUGUCUGAGACGACAAAUUCAUUGGUUUCAAGAACUGUGAGUUACUGUGGGAAACUGGUUUUGUUUUUUGGUAAAAGAUCUUCUUGGAAGGUUCGUUGUGCGGAGAUUUUGAUGGAAAGACGUCAAGGAGGAGAGCUUUGGGGUAAAGUUGAGUGGUAUGAUCAUGUUUUGACUGGUGUGAAUUUUUACUGGAGUAAAGCUUUAGCCGUUGUAGUUUGA